AUGGAUAGACCUAUUGAUGAAAUUGUUAAAAAUUUAUUGAAAUUCGUUGUUAGAGGUUUUUACGGUGGAUCAUAUAUAUUGGUUUUAGAUGCUAUUUUAUACCAUUCUGUAUUGGCCGAAGAAGAUUUGAAGCAACUGUUAGGUAUUAACAAAACAGAUUUGGGACCUCUUAUUGCAAGGUUGCGUUCAGAUGGUUUACUUUCUACUCACAAACAGAGAGAAUAUCCGCCAAAUUCCAAGAGUAUAGAAAGAGUCUAUUUUUAUAUUAAAUUCCCGCAUGCCAUUGAUGCAAUUAAAUGGAAAGUGCAUCAAGUAGUUCAAAGAUUAAAAGAUGAUUUAGAUAAAUUUUCGGAACCUAAUGGAUAUAUGUGUCCUAUUUGUCUUACAAAGUAUACUCAACUGGAGGCAGUUCAAUUAUUAAAUUUUGAUAGAACAGAAUUUUUAUGUUCUUUAUGUGAUGAACCACUGGUAGAAGACGACUCAGGUAAGAAAAAUAAAGAAAAACAAGAUAGAUUAAAUAGAUUAAUGGACCAAGUACAACCUAUUAUCGAUUACUUGAAAAAAAUUGAUGAUUCUAGAAUUGAAGAAAAUACAUUUGAAAUUUCUUUGGCUAAAUUGAUCCCACCUCAAAAUCAAUCCAAAGCUGCAUACACAUUUAAUCCUAAGAAGGGUAGUACUAUGUUUAGACCAGGAGAUGCUCCAUUGGCUAAUGUUAUGGGUACCGCUUUGGGUAACGACAGCAGUAGACGUGCUGGUGCAAACUCACAAGCUACAUUACAUAUAAAUAUUACAACCGCUAGUGAUGAAGUUGUCCAAAGAGAAUUACAAGAACGUAAAGCUGAAGAAAAGAGAAAACAAAAUGCUGUUCCAGAAUGGCACAAGCAAUCUACCAUUGGUAAAGCUGAUUUAGGUAGAUUGGACGAAGAUGAAGAAUUUGAUCCAAGGACAACUGCAUAUGCUGCACAAUCAUUGGAAGAAUCAAAUGGUGGUAUGUUUGGUAAUAAUGCGAAUGGUUCGAACACUUAUCAGCAUCAUCGUGUGUUGACAGAACAAGAACUGGAAGAAAGGGAAAACGAAAGAACGUUGAACGAAUAUUAUGCUACAUUAGCUAAAAAGCAGGCACAGAUGAAAGAAGAGGAAGAGGAAGAUGAAAGAGAAGAUGAAAGAGAAGAUGAAAGAGAAGAUGAAAGAGAAGAUGAAAGAGAAGAUGAAAGAGAAGAUGAAAGAGAAGAUGAAGAAAUGGAAGAUGAAGACGAAUUUGAAGAUGAAUUUGAGGACGUUGUUGAAGAGAGUGCUGAUGGAACAGUAGAAACUAAUAGCAGCGAUGAAAAGAUAUCUGAUGAAAGUACUGAGGAGAAGGAUAAGAAUACUGAAACUGUCAGUGAUGAAGACAAGGUCGAAGAAAUGAUAGAUGUUAAAGAAGAUGGAGAAACGAAAGGAGAGGAAAAAGUUAAAGCAGAUGACGAAGUUAAGGUGGAAGAAGGAGAUGAUGACAUGGAUAUUGAAUUCGAAGAUGUAUAA